AUCUCACUUCGAAAUCACAUUGAUAUAAGAAAUGAGAGUAACUAUGAGUUGGCAUUAAAAAUAAAAACUUCCAUUUUAAAUGACAAUUUUUGGACAGAUCUGAAUGGUUUCAAAGCAAGUAAAGCGCAUAAAAGAAGAUGCAGAAAUAAAUAUCCUAUUUCGGGGAAUUUUUAUCCUAUUACAAAUUUUAUUUUUAUAGAAGAUAAUUUUUAUAGAGUUACCUUGAUAUCAAAUAUGGGACAUGCUGCAUCAAGUCUUAAUUUGGGGGAGAUAGAAGUUAUGCUGGAUCGGCGAGUUGAUCAGGAUGACUGGAGAGGUCUGAACGAAGGAGUCACGGACAAU